AUGAAAAGGCCAGGAAUUGGCCGUCCGAGUUUAACUCGAAGCAUGGUAUCGAGGAGCAAUGAUUUUAAGAUAACUGGAUCAUUGAAUGAAGAAAUAAACAAAAUGAAUCAACUUAUUAGCAAAAGACAAAGCGAAAUAGAAGAGCUGGAACUUCUUGCAGAUAUUCUUUCUUCAGAAAAGAAAUCAGAAACUCAGAAAAAGCAUAUUAUUUCGUAUAUUAAAAGGCAAACUGAUUCAUUGUUGCAACAAUUAGAAACACGUCGAAAUUUUCUAGAAACGAAUUCUAAAAAGUACAAUUUACCUGAAUUUCAGGGUAACAUUCGUGAAUCUCUUUCAGAAAAACACGUUCUUCUUCAAAAAUAUAAUUUACUAAUUGCUCAAUCAAAAAAUCUUGAAAGAUCAUUGACUAUCGAUGGUUUCAGGCUGAAAAUCUACGAAGAUCAUCGUAAAAUUCGAGAAUUGCAAGAUAAAUGUCAGGAUUAUUUGAAAGGAGAAGAUGUUUUCGUAGAUAAAGCACAAAAAGAAAUUGAUAAGAAUAAUGCCGAAAUUGAAAAUAUUCGUAAAGAAAUCGAAUCUCAAAAACUAAAGAACGAAAGGAUUGAAGCAUAUCUAAAUGACAGAGAAAAUUUAGCAGCUCGUUUAAUACAAACUGCAUGGAGAUCAUUCUAUGCUCAAUUUAAGAAUACUCCAGAUUACCACAUCCUUAACACCCAAAACAAGGAAAAAAUUAAGAACUUAAAUGAUGCUCCAAAGCCUAGAGCUAAUAGUGGUGUUAAAGUUUCUGGAUUUCAGAUCAAAAGUCACAAAAAUUAA